UCUCCUCUCGGUGGAGUCUUGGGACAGCUGGUAGAUCGCCUGCCCAGAUCACCUUGCACUUAGCCAUGGCCUGCGGUCUGGUGGCCAGCAACCUGAACCUCAAGCCCGGGACGUGCCUCCGGGUGCGGGGCCAGGUGGCCCCCGACGCCAAGAGCUUCGCGCUGAACCUGGGCAAAGACAACAACAACUUGUGCCUGCACUUCAACCCUCGCUUCGACGCCCACGGUGAUACCAACACCAUCGUGUGUAACAGCAAGGACGCCGGGGCCUGGGGCGCCGAGCAACGGGAGACCAACUUCCCCUUCCAGGCGGGCAGUGUCGCUGAGGUGUGCUUCUCCUUUGACCAAGCCGACCUGAGCAUCAAGCUGCCAGACGGACACACGUUCAAGUUCCCCAACCGCCUCAACCUGGAGACUAUCAACUUCCUGGAGGCCGAUGGCAACUUCCAGAUCAAGUGUGUAGCCCUGGAGUGAAGCAGCUGUGUGUCCCUGGACCACAGUCCCCAAUAAAGGCAGCCGCCUCGGA